UGUAAAUUAUAAGCUAUUAGGUAUUUCAGACCCAACGCGUCCCUUCCCGUAAGUAAUUUUGUUUCUCUUGUAUAUGCUUUAUAAUUUAUUGAACUGAAUAAUUUUAGUUAAACACAAUGGCUUACGCUUAUGAAAAAGAUUAACAGAUUAUGAAGAUAAUGUUGAAGAAGAGGACGACUCAGAUGCUGAUAUUGGAACAUGCGAAGUUAGUGAUCAUGAUUCUGAGAGCGAACAAGAGCUGUCAGAUCAUGAAGCGGAAGAAGUUAAUCAGGAAAGACUGCACUACCUAGGAAAAGAUGGAAAACGCUGGAGAAAGCUGUGUCAUCCAAAGACGGUACGUACACGGAAAUGCAAUAUUAUAACUAAACUUCCGGGAGUAAUUGGCAAUGCAAAAAAUGCUAUAAGUCCAAGAGAUUGCUGGGAAUUAUUUUUUGACGUAGAUAUAAUAAAAGUUAUAGUCGAAUCGACAAACAUAUUCAUUGAAAGUGUAGCACCCCAUUAUAAAAGCAAUUCAGACGCGAGACCUACAGAUGCUUGUGAACUAAAAGCGGUUUUUGGCUUAUUGUAUCUUGCUGGUGUGCUUCACGGAGGCAGAACAUCAAUUUACGAAUUCUGGGCAACUGAUGGAACGGGGAUUGAAAUAUUUCCAGCAACAAUGGCUCUACGAAGAUUUCGUUUUCUUCUUCGAUGUUUACGUUUUGAUAACAUCCACACCAGAUGUGACAGAAAAGGUUUAGAUAAAUUUGCAGUGAUUAGGGACGUAUUUGAAGCCAUUGUGGCUAACUUUAGAAAGUAUUAUUCCAUUGGUGAAUUUGCCACAGUGGACGAAAUGCUUUUGGCUUUCAGGGGACGCUGCGGAUUUCGAAUGUAUAUUCCUAAUAAGCCCGCUAAAUAUGGAUUGAAAGUAUUUUCGUUAGUUGACUCUCGUACUUUUUAUACUCUCAAUUUAGAAGUGUACCUUGGACAACAACCGAAAGGUCAAUUUGCCGUUAGCAAUGCAGCCAUAGAUGUAGUCGAAAGAAUUUGCCAGCCAAUAUCUCAAACAAAUAGAAACGUAACAAUGGAUAAUUGGUUUACGUCAGUGGACCUAGUGAAUAACUUACUGACUAAUCAUAAGCUAACUGUCGUAGGGCUAGGGACGUUGCGUAAGAAUAAGAGACAAAUUCCACCUGAGUUUUUGAAAUCCUCCAGACCACCAAAAUCUAGUAUGUUUGGAUUUGAUAAUAAUAUGACUAUGGUUUCCUACAUACCAAAAAAAAAUUGAACUGUUUUGCUUCUUUCAUCUAUGCACCAUGACGAUGCGAUUGAUAAAAGUAGUGGAGAAGACAACAAACCUGAAAUUAUAACUUUCUAUAAUUUUACGAAAGGCGGCGUGGAUUCUGUCGAUCAGCUUUGCUCAAAAUAUAAUGUGGCACGGAAUACUAGACGAUGGCCGAUGGUUAUAUUUUAUGGCCUCCUCAAUGUUACAGCCAUCAAUGCUUUUAUUAUUCAUCGCAGUAAUUUUCCCAACGAUGAAGAGAGGAAAUGUAGAAGAAUGGUCUUGAAAGAUCUUGGACGAAGUUUGGUAAUGGACUAUAUGAAGGCCAGAGUAACAUGUAAGUACUUGCCUAGAGAAAUACGACAGCUUGCAGCGAAGAUAAGUGGUACAGAGUACACAGAGCCUACUAUUCCGGUGGACAAUAAGAGAAGCAGAUGUGUCUUUUGUAAAGAUCGGAAAACCCGAUUUAACUGCAAAAUGUGCACAAAAUUUAUUUGUAUGGAACAUUCUUCCCAUAUCUGUCCAAUAUGUGUGGAAACACUUCAGAAAUAGAUUAUCUAAAGUCACGAAUUUGAUCAAACAGUGCAAUUUUAAAGUAUUUUUCUUUGGUGCAAUUUAUACAAAUAGAGUUGUUGUUAUUUUUUAACUUAAGGAUCUUAAUUAGUGUUAAUGAAGUUUUAUAAA